AUGAAUGUUAUGGAACAGGAAACUUUCAACAAAAUCCAAACAGUUUAUCUGAGCCAUAAGAAAGGGUAUACCCCAGAAUUGAAAGCGAAGUUUCAAGAAUUAAAAAACCCAAAGAAUUUAGCUGCAUGCACGUCGCUUUCAAAUUUGGUACACCAUAUUCAAUUGCAUCAAGAUACGAUAGUCAAGGUGGUUGAUUUGGUACUAGAAAAUAGACCCAUACCUGAGUUUUUUGACUUGUGUAGUAGCAAAGUAAAUGCUGAGCGCUUUCUUCGGAAGAACAUCCUGCUAAAUGGCGUAAAACGAGACCGUUUGCGGAAGCUCUUAAAGAAGCAAAAAGAGUUUGAAAAACUGUGCUACCGGGAUAGAACUCUCUACCAUUCUGACUUAAGGACGAAGUUGGAGAGCGAUGAAAAGCAAAUCUACUUCAAGCUACGUAAAUUUGAUAUUGAAAUCCACAAGAGACAGUGUAAGUUUUCGCAAGAAAUUGAAGUUGAGUUAUCACGAUUACAAGUACCCUUUUUCGUUGAACAGAAUGACACUUCACAGGAAGAUUCAACUUCUGGAAAGAGCUAUAUUCUUGACCUCAUAGUAGACCACAUAGAGGGAGAGGGGAUAAGCUCAAGUGACACGAGCCAAAACACUACUUAG